UGUUUUUGGAUGAAUGAUCUUUAAAAGAAAACGGGGCAUGAUGUCUAACUUAGUGGGACUGUCAUAUUAAAAGGCAAAUAGAAAUUGAUUUAACACACACGCAUGCGAUAUUGCCUAAGUUAGCUUGUCAGUGGACUACAGUUCUGUGGGGCAUAGCCUAUACAAGUCAUAACCGAUACAAGUCCUGGGUACAAUGACAACAAACACGUUAUUUCACACCUAUACACGAUGUAAGAGUGCAAUAAUAAUAACAAUACACAGGUAGCAAUUAAACAAAUCUGUAUGUUACUUAGCAUAUAAAAGUGUACUCGCCUUAAUCGCGGCGGCCGCUUCGAUCUUUUCUCUCACGUUGAUUUUUGCGCGCGAGUUUUUCCUCAGACAUGAGCUGAUAACGUCACACAACCGCCAAAAUGUGAAUUUUAGACUGCUUAUGCUGCGCCGAGAAUAACUCCAGUGAUAUAUAAACCUAUUACUGUAUUUGUACCAAGUUACUACAACCAAACUCAUGUAUUUUAAUAAACAGAACGUCUAAAACAAAAUAACGUAUUGAAAGUUAUGCUGCGGAGACUUGCCAUUGGCUGUUGUAUUUGAAUAAAUAAUGAGAGGGACCAGUCAAGUGAAACCAGGGUCUACAAGGUCGAUACAGAUGUGAUGCUCUGGCAAAAUAACUCUAAAGAAGAACCUCCUGAUACAUCCACAAUUACUUCUAAGUCACUGAGGUCCAACCUGUGUCCAAAAUGCGGCAAGAGAUUCGAAAAAAAAUCUGACCUGAGAGCUCACGAAAAAGUGCACGCCUUAAGAAAGCUGCACCAGUGCUCCACCUGUGGAAAGACUUACACUGGUAAACAUGAGCUUACAUUACACAUGCGUCUGCACACAGGUGAGAAGCUGUUUAACUGCUCUUACUGCAACAAAAAGUUCACCAGACUGAGGGGUUUAAAGUCCCACUUAAGGAACCACACAGGGGAAAAGCCGUUCUCUUGUUCUGAAUGUGGGAAAAGUUUUUCUCAAAAAAGUACCCUAAAAACUCACCUGCGGCUACAUGCUGGUAAUCUUCCUCAUCAGUGUGAUCAUUGCGGGAAGCUUUUCAACACUGCAGCUGCUAUGAGGAUCCACAAGGUGGCUCACACCGGCGAGAGGCCUUUUCCAUGUCCACAAUGUGACAAAACGUUUACAACAAAGAUUGAGCUGGAGACUCAUCUGAAUAGCCAUUCGGGGAUCAAACCUUUUAGCUGUUCAGUGUGUAGAAAGAGUUUCCUGAGGAAGCAUGAACUUAACACUCAUCUGCUCAUUCACAAGGACGACCGCCCCUUUCACUGCACGCAGUGCGAGAAAAGCUUUAAAAGGAUGACCCAUCUAACAACACACACAAAGACCCACAGCUCUGACACCCCUUACAAGUGCACCUACUGCAGCAAAUCCUUCAAACUUCCCUUUUACCUAAAACUGCAUGAGAGUAUUCACACUGGAGAGAAGCCUUACAGCUGUGAGAAGUGUGGAAAAAGCUUUCGUUUAUCAGGUGAUUGCACCAAACACCAGGCUGUACAUUCAGAGGAAAAACGGUACAAGUGCUCAAUCUGUGAUAUGAGGUUUCGCUUCAACAGUUCGCUGAGGAUCCACAAAGUCAUUCAUUCUGAGGACAAACCUUACCAAUGUGAGAAGUGCGGAAAAAGCUUUAACAGACUCGAUACCCUGACCAAACACAAGGCGAUCCACACUGAUGAAAGACCUUACAAGUGUUCUCAAUGCGGUUUAGCCUUCAAGUCCUCAUCAAUUCUCCGGAAUCAUCAAAACAUUCACUCCAGGAAGUCCCUGUUCUCCUGCAGCACCUGUGGCAAAACCUUCACUCGCCAGGAUGUCCUCAGAAGGCAUCAAGAUGUUCAUGCAGGAAAAUGCAAAUGCUCAGAGUGUGGAAAAUGUCUGAGCUCGGUUGGUAGCUUGAAGCUGCACAUGCAGCAACACUUUGGUAAGAAAAUGUACCACUGCGCUGAGUGCGAGAGGAGUUUCCGCUCGGUGCAAUACCUGAGGAAGCACCAGAAGAUGGUGCACAUUGAUGAAAAGCCAUACGUCUGUUUUAAUACUGAAGGAAAUCUGGUUACUCACAAACUACAACAUUCAGGAGAAAUAAAGCAGGAGAUCAACUCUGAGAAAAGAGACCUCACUGAUUCUCUGAAUGUGUAAAAGAAUUAAUUUGAAGAAAUCAUCUUAAACAAACAAUACAGCAUUAGUGGAAAUAAAAUGCAAGUAUUGUGUUUGUUUUGAUAAAAGUUGUUACUACUGAGUCACAAGACCUACUCGUAUUCACAGGUGUAUGGACACAGCAGUUUGCACUUUUACAUGAUGCUUAGUGGUGGGUAAACCUGAACCUUUUGGAAAAUGUAUUGAAAAAAGGGACUCCCUGGAAUGUCUUAAUUACUAACAGUUUUGGAUGUCUGAUUAAAUUGGUCUGUUUUUAAUCUGUAA